AUCGUUCUACUUUUCGACGACUCUAGAAGAUUAAUUCCUGCUUGUAUAUACUGACUGCCUUUCUGGAAUACUCUGACUUCCAUUAUUAAGGUUUCUCAAUGGAGGAUAAUAGUAAUAGUAAAAGUAACAAGGAUUCGUGCGAUGUCGACAACAAGAAGAAAAAGAAGAACAAUAACGUCGUUAAUCGUAACAAUAUGAACGUAGAAACAGAAGGAAAGAAAUCUGCUUCAUCCGACGUGGAAAUCUUGCCUAAGAAUGUGGACGAUUGUAAAGAUAAUAAACAAUUAAAAAAGCGUGACAACAACGAGGAGGAAGAGGAAAGUUCAGAAGUCAAUUGUUGUAAGGUAUUUGACGACGAGGAGACAACGAAAACGGCUAAAAAAGAGGAGGAAACAUCAAGUACGAGUACCUCUAGUUGUACGUCCGAAGACGAGUCUGAAACCAGUUCAGAGGAUAAAACGGAACCACCAAAAACCGAGCCUAGUAAAAGUCUCGAUCAAGAAACAGUAACAACGACCGAAUUAACGGAAACAAUGACCAAUAAAAACGAAGAUACCACUGAUGACAGUGACAUCGAGGAUGAUCUUAUUUCGGCUAUCAAUUACAAUACUAUUACCUCAUUGGCUGCCCUCAAGGAUAUGCUACAAUCCUCUGGAGAGGAUUCUGAUGGGGUCGAUAGUUUCUUUCAUCAUUACUUUCUUUCUCAUGUCAAUAGGUUACCAUCAAGAAAUCAAACUCAUAGUCCUUAUCCUUGGGGUAGAAGAUUGUCUGAAUGCAGAGAAGAAGAUGAAUAUGAAACAGAGGAAGGUAAAAAUGCAGAAACAAUUAUCAGUAAGAAGGAAGAAACAAAGAAUGAAGAGUCUCAAGAUAAUACUCGAGAAGCUAGCAUAUCUUCGAAAGGUUCAAGCCCAACAUCCUCAGAAAGAUCAAGUUCGGAAAGAAUCGAUCUUAAAUCGAAUCAAUCCUUGAGCAUAUCCGAAACUAAAUCCGCAUUGAUAACAUCCAUUAACCCAACAAUGCCAAUGACAACGAUGACUCUGACAGCAGCAUCAUCAAUGACAUCAUCGAUUACGUCAGCUUCAUCGGCAACGACGAUGACUACGAUUACAACUAUGCCUACUACUACAACUACUACAUUGACUACAUUGACUACAGCAGUUCCAACUACGACAGCUGUUACAACUUCUAGGUUUACCAUGUCAACUGUUACGACUACUGUAACAUCACCAACUUCAACAACAAAACCACCCCUUAGAAGAAGACACACUACUGGUCCAGGAAUGACUUUUCCUGCUACUGAUCCACCUUCUUAUUCUAGCAGUAUGACCUUCUCGAGAACUAGUCCAUUACCAAGUCCACAUUUGGACAAGAGAUUCUUUGACAGUAGCUUGAUAGAAAUGAAGAGUCAAGCUAGUAGUUCUAGCACUCUCGAUUAUGAUUCUACUGAGGAAGUAUGGGUGCGUAGGGUUGACUUCAUACAGGAGAGAAAAAGAAAGGAACUUGGUUCACAGCCAUUGCCAACUAUAGUUACCGAAGAUGCCGAUAAUAAUCAAGGUUCUCAUGAACAAGGCCAUAGGCCUAGAGCAGGUACCUGGGGUUCUCAUUCAAGACCUAUUAGGAAACCAGCACCAGGAAGUGCACCAGGAUCUGGAAACUCUACUCCACUCCCUCAACAACCUCCUGAACCUUCGGUAUCCAGUUCGUCCAGUUCGAGCAAGGGUGGUAGAAAGGCUUCGGGUACACGUUCAGGAUCUACUAGUCGUAGUAACAGUCGAAGUAACAGUGCAGAACGUAGAAGAAGCGGUGGUGGUGGUGGUGGUUCAGUCGACGACACAGCUAGUCCUACAAGAAAGCCUGCUCUUUUCGAUGCCUUCAGACCAAGGAGCAAGUCUGAUGCCAGUAAAAGAAAGCCUAGUCUUAUUGCCAAUAUGAAGAGUGCUGUGCAGCAUUCUCUUCACAGAGGAUCACAUGGAAGUUCAUCGGGUGAUGUACACACCGAAAAAGAACAUCAUAAAGAUGCCAGAGAAUCUAGAGAAUCCAAAGAACAAAGUAGUAGACCUAGAGCAGGAUCUGAAAGUAGUAGGAAUCCUGUAAGCAAAGUUAUGGAUCUUAUUAGACACAGAAGCCAUAGUGCUCUUAGUGCUGAGGAUAAAAGAAAAGCGAGGACAGCAGCUCAACAUCAUCAAGCACAGGUAGCUGCGCAAAGUGCACUUAGAAGAAGUUCAUUAGAUCCUGGGCCGAGAAGAUUAUCGUUAGGAACCCCAGUUAUACCCCACAGAGCAUCAGAUGCGUGUCUUGAUCCAGUUCACGCUGCCAUACUCUUCAGAGAUGCACGAGGGCUACCAGUCGUGGAUCCGUUCUUGGAAAAGGUUUCCCUUUCGGAUCUCGAAGAAGACGAGUCGCAAAUAUUCGUCAAGUUUUUCAAGUUUCACAAGUGUUAUGAUUUAAUACCGACCAGUGCUAAAUUAGUUGUAUUCGACACACAUCUUCUUGUGAAAAAAGCCUUCUUCGCUCUUGUUUACAAUGGAGUAAGAGCCGCACCCUUGUGGGAUAGUGCAAGGCAAGAAUUUGUUGGCAUGUUGACCAUAACAGAUUUUAUAAAAAUUCUUCAAAUGUAUUAUACAAGUCCAUCUGUUACAAUGGAUGAAUUGGAGGAACACGAAUUGGAUACUUGGAGAAAGGUAUUAAAGGAUCAAGUUCAUCCAUUGGUUAGCAUCGCUCCUGACGCGUCUUUGUACGAAGCUAUCAGAACUUUAAUACAAAACAGGAUUCAUCGUUUGCCAGUUAUUGAUCCCGAUACUGGCAAUGUGCUUUAUAUUUUAACACAUAAACGAAUAUUAAGGUUUUUGUUCCUUUAUAUUCAUGAAUUACCAAAACCAUCCUUUACUAAUAAAACGCUUAGAGAACUUAGGAUAGGAACUUUUAAUGAUAUAGAAACAGCUACGGAAGAAACUAGCAUAAUUUUAGCUCUCAAGAAAUUUGUCGAAAGGAGGGUGUCUGCAUUACCAGUCAUCGAUGCAGAAGGAAAACUAGUUAAUAUUUAUUCCAAGUUCGAUGUUAUCAAUUUAGCAGCUGAAAAGACAUAUAAUAAUUUAGACGUAUCUUUACGAGCUGCUAAUGAACACAGGAACGAAUGGUUUGAAGGUGUUCAAAGUUGUAAAUUAGAUGAGACGUUGUUUAUUGUUAUGGAAAGAAUUGUGAGAGCAGAGGUUCACAGACUUGUAGUGAUAGACGACGAUGAUAAAGUAAUUGGUAUAAUUUCUCUAUCUGAUCUCUUGUAUUAUUUGGUUCUCAGGCCUUGCGGUGAGGAUAGUAUCAGUACUAAAGAUGGUUCAUCGUUGAGAACACAAGAAUCAGUUACAUCCAAAGUUACAGAUUCUCAGGCUGAAACAACAACGAGCGUUGAUGGCGAACCUGAAACGGAGCAAAAUGAAACAGGAAAUAGCAACUCGAGAGAUGGGCCCUCAACACCUACACCACCCUCCAGUCCAGCAGCUUUAGAUAUUACUGAGCCUUCGUCGACUAUCGUUAAACCAUCACAAGAGCCUUCUUGGCGAGAAGUAACCGUAUCAGGGGGAGAAUGAAACAUCUAAUAAUUCACUGUAAUAGUGAAAUUGUGUGAAGCAUAUAAGUAUUAUUGCUUCAAUCGUAGAACAUUGUCUUAUUGCAUCAUGACAAAGAAGAAUAUAAGGAAAAGAGUUGAAUCAUAUAAAUUUAUUAUCGCUUAUAACAGAGAAAAAGGGAGAUAUAGAGAAAGAAAAGGACAUGAUGUUAUAUAUAGAGUACUUUUAUUAGCGCUCAUGUUUUUUUAGCUCGUGAGUAUACAAUAUUGAUCGUUGUUGUCCUUGUGGUUAAAAUUUGUAAGUUUAAAAAACAAAAGAUAAAACACCAGUCAAGAAUCACGACCUACGUGGACCUAUCACUAUAAAUGUGUGAAGAUAUAUAUACAGUGAGAAAACAUGCUCUUAAAAUAUAUAAAAAUGUUUAAGAUUAAGUUUUCUAACGUUGCAAUCUUCUGUAACAGAAAGAGAUUUUAACGUUCGAACUUGUCGCUAAAGAAAAAAUGGUUAAUGAUGGGCCAUUGUUCGCGCUCAGGAUAUGAAUUCUUCGUGCCCUUUUAAAAAGUCAUUACUAGGGAUGUUUUACAAGCAUUGUGAUAAAACGAGUAGUGAAAUAAGCCAUAAUUAUCAUCUAUACUUUAUUUCGCUUUUUCUUAAACUUUAUAUUCUUUCGCAGAAAGAAAAAAAGAACCAUUAUUCAAAUUUCUUUUUUAAUUUCUUAUUCUUUCAGAAGCUUCUAUAAUAAAUGCCAGAAGCAAAUUAAUAUCAAUGAGAAUAUAAUAACAUUAAACGAACAUGGGCGCUCACUUUUAAGACGUUUAUUGUCAUUAAUUGACUUAUUAAAGCUAACAAUUUCAUAGGUUUAUGAACAGUUUUUUAAAUAAUCUAAUUAAAUAGGCAAUAGCGAUAUAUUGUAUAACGCGUAAUGCUAUUAAAAAAACAAUAUAAAGGUAUAUUGUCAGCAAAUGAUAUAAAAAUUUUGUAAUUUUUAUUGGCCGGUAAAAUUGAUUUGAAUUAUAACGAGAGAAGCUUCAUGUUCGUUAUGA